UGGAAUUGGACCUCAGCAUUGUUUGCAAGUUCCGGUUUGCAGGAACCUGAAAUGAACCCGUCGAUGCCAUGGUCUGCCUGUAGACUAUGGCGCCAUAUGUGCGAAGGAAAAAUCUGGUGGUUGCUGCUUUAGCUGGUUUGGUAGCGGGAUGUAUUGCAUCAGUGACGUCCAUGACGCCCAUCAAGAACCUCAGAGAUCCCCGCAUUGCUCUGUAUCGCCCUAAGCACCUACGGCAUGUGGAAGAGUAUCACUCGGCUGUGCUUCGAGUGUUGGUGGCAUCCAAGGCGCAUCUUCAGACCUUCGGCGCCUGUGAAGCUCUGCAAGUUGGACCUCGGACGUUGAGACGCCGUGCGAAUGCGGUGAAAGGAUUGCCAUGUGCGGUGAGUGUCCACCAUGGAUUUGAAUGUCUGAAGUGCGCUCUACAGGCCGCCCGAAACUCCACGAAGUCACGAAUCUUUGUGGAGUCCAUUCUGCUGCCAGCGGCCACAGCCCACCUUUUACCGGAUUUGCCUCCGUGGACGAAGGUCUACAGCAUCGAAGACCCGGGGCUUCUCAAACGCCUCUUCCGCAGUGCUUCGGAUGCUUCAGCCGAUGCGGAGCUUCGCUACGGCUGUCGCUAUACGGUAGCAUGGCCAAGCGUGGCCUUGGAGGAACUCUCUCCACCCCUGCUGGUGUUAGAUGGUUUGACAUCAGCCACGAACUUGGGACAGCUUUUCCGAACAGCGAGAUGCCUAGGAGUCACUUCUUUCGUGGUUCCUGAUUGCAGCUGGUCGGCGUUCAACGGCCGUUUGGCCGCUGUCAGCGAGGGCCAAGCCUACUUCUGCGAUGUCCACUACGCUGCGAAGAAAUGUGGAGGUGUGCUGAGUGCUUUGAGAUGCCUGCAGGAGCGACCUGUGAGGCUGUUUGCAGCAGAAGAGUUUUGCGACCAAAAGGUCAGCGAGGUGUCGAUCAACGAUAGAAACUGGGCCCUCGUUCUGGGAUCAGAGGAUCGAGGAGUGACUCCUGAAGCACUGGAGCUUUGUGAGGGGCUUCGUGUGCCACAAGAGCGCGGCCAAUGUUUGAAUGUGGCCGCAACAGGGGCGAUUUGUCUCUAUGAACUCUGCAAAGCUUCAGAGAUCAGAGAUCAGAGAUCUUCAGAGCCAGUCGCCAAGUCGGGGCAGAAAAGUCGCCAUUUUGAGCGUCUACUGAGUCUACUGUCAACCUCUCUGAUAAUUCAGGAGUGACG